AUGGAGCAACAAAGUCAAAUGCAUGCAGCAGACAUGCAGAACUGCUGCGAAGUGGUGGCUGUACGCCACGGCCUCACCGACUACAACGCGCAGCGGCGGCUGCAGGGGCAGCUGGACGUCCCUCUGAAUGACACAGGCCGAGAGCAGUGCCGCGAAUGCGGCCAUCGGCUUAAAAGCAUGCUAGGAGAGAAGAAGAGUAUACCCAUUGCUGCGAUUUACGCAAGUCCUUUGAAGAGAACAAAAGAAUCUGCAGAAAUCAUAAGACAGACGGCAGGCUUAAAACAAGAGAUUAUAUUAGAUGGCCGCAUCCAGGAGUGGAACGCAGGAGUUCUACAGGGCCAUUUGCUCGACGACCUCCCGAAGCUGUUCCCAAAAGAAUGGAACGCCUGGAAUCGGAGGACCCGCGAUUUGUUUUCCCUCAAGGCGAGAGCUUCCAGGAGCGGCCAUUUGCUCGACGACCUCCCGAAGCUGUUCCCAAAAGAAUGGAACGCCUGGAAUCGGAGUAGGGACCCGCGAUUUGUUUUCCCUCAAGGCGAGAGCUUCCAGGAGCGUUUUGAUCGCGUGAAGGAAUUUUUUCUUGAGGUCACGCGGCGGCAUUUGGGGCAGCGAAUUCUCGUUGUGACUCAUGGAGGCGUUUUAGACGAUUUGUUUCGACUUGUUCGGAAUAUCCCCAUGCACGUUAAGACCAACGCCCCAAAACUUAAUGCCGAAAUCCACACAGUGAAGGCUCAUAUCAACAAAGUGCCCCCUACAGUACCUUCACCCAGUGUAUCAACAGGUAGCAGUAGCAGCAGCAGCACUUCAGCUGCUGCAUCGCCGACACCGCAUGCAAACAUCACCGCUGCAGCAGCUGCCGCAAGUGCUGCUGCUACUGCUGCUGCUGAAGUUACGUGGGAAAUUGUGAGUUGGGGAAAACUCACGAAGUCCGAUAGCCUAUUGUCAGGGCAGGUGGACACCCACACCCCCAUUGAUAUAUCUGUGCGAAAUAUUGAAUACGCAUAG